AUGGCGAGUUGGUCCUUGUCGUUCUUUCCACUGCCGAUUUCCAUGUGGCGCCGGAAGUCGACGGCCGGGGUUUCUAUCGACUUUAACUUCAUCAACCUGUUCGGCUUCACGUGCUACAGUAUAUAUACUGCAACAUUCCUCUACUCUUCAGUUAUUCGCUCACAGUAUGCCGCUCGACAUCCUGCUGCAGCCGAGCCUACUGUUCAGAUCAAUGACCUGGCUUUUGCCUUGCUUGGGAUGAUCAUGUGUUUCGUUGCUUAUGUGAUGUUCUGGCCUCGGCUUUCAGGGCUCCAUACACCCCGCCGACAACGUGUGAGUUGGACGAUGAGGGCUAUCUUCAGCGGCUGCGUCCUUGCUCCGUUGAUAGGCAUCUGUGUUGUGUUGGCCCGAAACCCCAGUGGCGGGAAUGACCCAACUACUUGGGCUUGGAUUGAUGUCAUCUACACACUGUCAUAUGAUAAACUUGUCGUCACGAUGGUUAAAUAUAUUCCUCAAGCCUGGUUGAACUAUCAAAGGCAGUCAACAGUGGGAUGGAACAUCUGGACCAUCCUUCUCGAUAUCACUGGCGGCGUCCUCUCUCUGCUUCAACUGGUACUUGAUUCGAGUCUACAGAGUGACUGGAGUGGUAUCACUGGAAAUCCAGCAAAGUUGGUCCUCAGCAACAUCACGAUCUUCUUCGAUGUGAUCUUCAUUGUCCAACAUUACAUCCUGUAUCGGGAUCGCAAGACGGGUCCCGUCUCUGAUCCCACUACGCCACUGCUUCAGGGACCCGAUGUAUCAGUUUAG